GGCAUCGUCCGGCGGACUGCUCCUGCUGCUGCUGUUGUCCUCCCUGGUGUCCUCCUCUGUUGGUGCCCGGAAUAAUGGUGCUCGGAAUAAUCCCAACUCCCGGGGUGGCUCCUCCUCCCGGCGUCGCUCCUCGAUUCGUUCCCUGCCUGAUUCCGCCUUGCCAAUUGCCAACAGGCAGAUCCGGGGGCCUGAAUGGUCUCGGCAGGACAUAAACAAACCCAAAGAGGCCAUAAAGUCCAUUGGCAAGUACGUCCUGAGUACAGGUCUCUCAACACUCGCUUAUGCUGUUCCAUUUCUUGGCGUGAUUCAACCUCAUGGGACACUGAUCGCUGCCUCCGUCAACUUAGCGCUGCUCCCACUGAAUAUGCUCGACAAACGGAACAGUGACAAACAGCUGAUCAAUGCCAUCAGGUUUGAGUUUGAAAACCUGAAUUCAAAGAUGGAUCGGUACCAUGAAGAUCAGAAAUACAACAUCUGGGCCAGCAGCACCUUCGCCAAGCCCGAGAAACACAUCAACUUGGCCUGGGCAAGUUACAAGACAAUGAUCAAUGCUCUGCUACAAGCAACGACGGAGGCAGAAAGAGACAGACAUCGAAAUGAGUUCAUGGGUUCCUAUCAAAAAUAUGAACCUGCCAUCAGAGAGCUGCACAGGCUGCUGACGGUCAGUGGAGCCAGCUUCACCUACAACCUGGGGGACCUGCUGUCUAAACAAAUCAAAUGUCAUGAGACGGACUUGAGAGAGUACACAGAGUUCAUCAACAAGCUGAUCUGCAAGGGCAUCGUGAUGAACCAGUUCUACUACAAGGUGAAGAAGAUCGAAUCACAGGCCAGGGUGGACGAGGAGUCUAAGAUUGCCUACGACUCAGCCUUGGUCAUGUUCCAGACCCAUGAGAAGUGUAUAUUCGACAGCAUUGAGUAUGUCAAGACGGACGUGGAAACCCUGAUCAACAGCAUCAAGCAUCGCUCAAACCUUGCAGAGGACGUCCAAAAGUUCCUAGACAACACGUAUGACAGGUACGACUGGAUGGUGGUUGCCUUCAUAGCAAAGAACUCCAAACAUCGGAUCCUGGAAACCCUGAACAAACAUGUCCUGGCGGGAUUCACCAUAGUGACAGAAGGAGGUGUCAGCGUAGCCGUUGCCCGACAAGUGAAGGGAACUCACACUAAGGCGAGGUCGGUCAAAGAGGCCAUCAAGGGAUGCGUUCCCGAGAAGACCCUCUGUUACAAGGUCAGAGAGAAGCUGGGUAUGUGUACCAGGGACAUCUAUAUCAGAUCCGGUGUCACGGUACCAGUGACUUCAGCCUACAGUGCGGUGCACGCCUACAUCCACAAAGCUCACGACAGUCACAACGCCCAGGAUGUAGAUAAGGAGAUGGUGAAUGAGUACUCACCACAGAUCCCAUACUUCUUCAAGGGCUCAUGCGAGAAGUCUCCCGGCGUGAAGAACGGAAACUAUGUGGUGUUGAUCAAAAGUGACGAGGAGCUGGAGAACAAAGAUCCAUGCGCCAAGCUGGAUUGUGGGGGGAGGCAAAGAGGCCAGUGUGUACGCAUGCACACACUGUUCCUGGCCAUGUGCCAGUGUCGCCAUCCAUUCUACGGCAAGAACUGCGAGAAGAAUCUGGAAGACUACAAAAAAGAGCUUCAGAGAGAGACCGGAUAUAUUAUGGUGGACAACAGGAGAUCUCGAAACCGUGGCUUCUGAUCCAGGAACACCGACUCCACUGUUCCUUCCUGCUCUGCUUCAGCUCACAUUUAACUCUGCAAAGAUAUUUGGUUUGACUUCGUGCUUCUGCUUUUCAUUUUCUGCGUGCCUCUCACAGAUGUUCUGCUAGUUAACGAGACAACCCUGCACCAGCCCAUCCAGUCCCGCAGGAGCCGUUUGUACCAGCAGGCGGUGUGUCGAGUCACUCAGAGAAGCAGUUCAAUAAACACUGUGAUCAGUUUUUGUUUCAGAGCACCAGUCUGGGGAAGCAAGUUUGAGUCCUGAUGUCAUCCACAGCUGGCAGAUCGUCUCUCCAGACAGCACACUGCACCAAUCAGAAAGGAGAACCACCACAUCGCCACCCGGUGGACAACAGUGACAUGACUUAAUUUGUACAUCAACAGCUUGUAAUUCAAGGGAAACAAAUAUCCGUGUGACUGUGGCAGUGGCUAUUCCUCUGCUUUAUGCUGCUGCCUUCAUUUUCAC